AUGUCCUCAAAUAACAAUGGAGCUCGCUACACUGCAGCAAUGCAAAAAGUGCACAUCAAAUGGUCCUCCGAGCAGAAGGCUGCCUUGAGAGCCAAACAUGCUCAGCAUCACAUUGACUAUGGCACCACAUUGAAGGAGGCUAGGGAGGUUGUUCAGUAUCAAGCUGAAAUGCUUCACGAAAAGUUUGGCAAGCACAGUGUUAACUAUUACUAUCAAGAAAUUAUGCAGAAGUCAUGUCUCGAGCACAACAAGGAACGUGAAAAACAGGGCUUAAGCAAAGAAAAAGUCCAUGUGAUUGCAGCGGAGGUUUCGGCUCAGUGGAAAUGUAUAAAUAAGGAAGAACGAUCAGAUGCUACUGAUGAUCUCAUGCAAAGUCUCACUGAUCAAUGUGAAAUGAAAGAUUUGGCUCUUCACAAUGUACCUCUGAAUGCCUUCCAAGAUGGUAGGAAGACUCUCGACUCAAUUGAUCGCAAGCUAUCAGCAUUAAACGCCCGCACAGGAAUGGAGAUUUUAUUAUUUGCAGUUCGCUCAGACGUCGAGCAUUUCAAUCAACCUCACAUAUUUCAAACAUCACACACUUCUGCCUUCUUUGAUGCCUGUCUUGGAACUUCUGUGGGCAAUAUAGCCCUUUGUCUUGAAGGUUUCAGCAUCGCCGGUGUACAGGGUAUGGCAAAAACUCAUGUUCAGGAGGUCCUUGAAUGGAAGAAGAAGACCGGUGAACUCAUUCACAAGAAACUUCAGGAGACAGCCGCGCCCAUCAAGAUAUCGAGGAUGUACUACAUCAACUUCGACAACAAUAUUACAAUGAAGCACCAUAUUAUUUUGAAGAAUUGGCCGCUCUCAAAGUUCUGUUGCCCGGGUGACAUCAGCUCUCUCAAUGAACCCAAAGUUUUAUUCUAUGCUUUUGACACCGGUGCUGCCUCUUUUCAGAAACUUACGGAUGCCAAGUACGACCAGUGGUCAAAUGAACAUUUCCAAGCCGCAUUAGCAGAGCAAAAUGGGUGCACAACCGAAGACAUGCCUAAUGUUGAUGAACAAGAUGAGGAUGAGGGAGCAGGAGGGAUAGGGAACAAUCAUACAGCACUAUCUGAGACUGAUAUCAAUGCAAUUGUUGAAGCGGCUCCUAAGCGCAGGACGAAGUGGAGGGCUGCUGAGCUUAUCAACACAGUUACUACUAGCUCGGGGGCUGCACUUCCAGUGCAGAAGAAACUGCAUGCUCCCAGGAAGGACAAGGGUAUUCCCCAUGGCCCAAGGAAGAAGAAGAUGGCCCAACUUACAGCUGCUCCUUCCCAUGAUGCGAGCAUUGUGUCCCCCACUGCAACCCAUACCCCUUCAAACCCUUCAACCAUGGCCAUGACACCAUCAGCUGAGCCUGCCAUCUGA